CAAUUGUGCCGUGCAGACGACGUCACAGAUUCAUUCAUCGAUAGCCAGGAAUACAAAGUGCAGGGCGAGAAAGAAAGUGAGCCAGUGCAGAUACCGAGUUACCAAGGGGCGAAUACAUAAGGAAGCCUCCGAGGAUGGAGCGACUGUUGACCAUGUUCGAAGAGGCGGAUCCCUUCUCCACGUGGUGGCCCACGAUAGCCGCCCUUACGGUGGGCAUUGUGAUUACGGUGCGGACCUUAAUGAGCGGCCAGCGCUGCCCGAACGAUAAUCAAAUCAAGGAGCAAAUCGUGGUGGUCACCGGCGGCAGUGGCGGCAUUGGCUUCGAAAUAGCCCAGGCUCUGGCCGGCCGAGGUGGCCGGAUAAUCCUCGCCUGCCGCAAUCUCCAGGCCGGCGAAAGGGCGGCGGCCAUCAUCAAACGGGAGCUGGGCUGCCGCACCCCCUUGAGUGCGUCGGAUGAGGAUGACAAUCCGGCGGACAGGUACUUCGUGGAGGCCCGCUACCUGGACCUCUGCUCGCUGCGCAGCGUGCAUCACUUCGCCGGCCAGCUGAUGGCGGAAUUCGAGCGGAUCGAUGUGCUGGUGAACAAUGCCGGCGUGGUCUUCGCCAACACCCAGGUGCCCACGGAGGACGGCUUCGAGCGGCACAGCCAGGUGAACUACCUGGCCCCCUUCCUGCUGACCCACCUGCUGUUGCCCCAUCUGCAGCGCUCGGCCCAAGGACGCAUCAUUUUCGUUUCGGCCCACGCCCAUCAGGGGGCCAAAAUCGAUUUCGACGAUCCACUGAAUGUGGGCACCUGGUCGGUCAAGUUCCACGCCCGCGAAGCCUUCGCCCACUCGAAGCUCUGCGUCGUGCUGGCCACCCGCUGGCUGGCCAGGGAACUCAAAGGUACCUCGGUCACGGUCAACUGCUGUACGCCGGGACUCGUCCGUGGAACUCGACAUUUUCGCAACUCGCCACUGAUGUCGUCCAUCUGCGUGAAGGCGGUCACCUACCCGUGGAUGUGGCUCUUCAUGAAGAACGCCUACGAGGGAGCCCAGUGCGCCAUCCGCUUGGCCACCGAUCCCCAGCUGAAGGAAGUCACCGGCGAGUACUUCAAUGACUGCGAAAUUGCGGAAAGUUCGGAGACGGGCCAAGACAAGGAGUUGGCCAAGAAGCUGUAUAUGCAGACCAUAAAAACCCUCGAGAGCGUUACCAAACUAACCGUCGACAGGGAGGCGUACGGCAUGGAUUUGGAAUUGGAGCUGGAGUCCGAACUGAGGCUAGAGGCUCCGGCGGAAGCGGAAGCGGAACCGGAAACGAACCAGGGAGCGGACGAGGAGAAAGAGGAGUAGAAGGAGGAGCAGCCAUUGGAGUGAUUUAUGCCUGGCACGCGGCCCCAGUUCUUCGGGGACUGCCAACUGCAACGUCUAUUUGCAUUUGGUUUAACAAUUGCCGCAUUAGGCAGCCUCCUUUUCCUUUUUAUAUGGCUGCCUGCCUUCGACUUUAUGUAGCCCCCAUGAUUCCAUUGCCCACCGAAAAAUAAAUGCAACUUUAAUGUGCGAGCAGCGAGAA